GCCAACUUCCCAGUUACACUUUACCUCAACAUUAGCCCUUACUCUUCUCAGUUCCCAUUCCAAACAGUUGCUAACGCGGUCUGGCGAACGGCUGUCGAGUCUACUUGAUAGAGCUACGCCGUUUGAGCCGGCCAGCAAUUUUAACCAUCAAAAAGGCCUUUGUCGGUAUACCUGGUUGGGUUUUGCAUGGUCAUUUGCAUAACAUUGCCUUCGCAAUCAAUAGCCCAACCUAUUAGCAACUACGAUCAAGACUGCUCAGUCGCUUCCUCGCCAGUAUCAACAUGCCACCAAACAUACAACGUUCGUUGAUCGACAAAGACCAUAUGAUCCGCGCCUGGCGGGAACAGAAUGAGGAACACCCGUCUUCCGAAGGACUCGGCAUUAUUGGCAGCCUUUUCGAAGCAUGUAUUGUAUUGUUUAGGCUAGCUCUUGGAAGAGCACGACAGGAACCGGCCGUCUCAUCUAAUUAUAGAAGCUUAGAUGACAGCUUCGCGGCGCUGUUUUUCUGGGGCGACGGCUUUGGUGUCGCUCGCGGCGAGCUUGAUACCAAGCUCCAACAAUGUGGAGAGCUACGCGAAGCUACAUUGUCCCUUCUUCUGGCCAUCGGGACUUUAUUAAGUCAGGGUUUGAUACACCUUGUCGCUGGAAAACUCGCCUGUGAUGACAUGUUACGAAAAUCCAACAUUGAUUCUCUACUCGACCAAGCAAGAAGCACAAUUAUCGACGAAGAACAGGCUGUAGAUUGUCCGUUUGAAAACAUUGACGAGCUUUCCAUGAACCUUGAAACCUACGUUGAUUGCCUGAGCAAUCUAGGGUCUUCUCUCGAGUAUCCAGCAACACUCGACGCUGGCCAAGAGGAGGCUCGGGAGCCAGUGAGCUUAUCAGAUAGACUGGCACAUCAGCACUACACAGAGUUGAUCGGCUCAAGAUUCCCAAGGGCGCAAGAAACUCUUCUUGAGCGCUUAGGAAAAUGUAACUGGGACAGAUAUCAACGAAUAUCAGCUCAGAGGAAAAUUGCAGCACUGCUCAAUUACGAAGAGCAUACCGGCGACCCCGAAGAUAAGGACGCUUUAUCUCGCUACUACGACUCCGGUCUAGGAAGUUCCAUUCCUUUAUCUUCGUUGAUGUACGCAGAGACAGUUGCCACUUCCAUUUCUACGAGGGCCGAAAUUAGUCAUGGGAAGCUUCCCCGGCGCCCUGACGAGGCAAAGAAAGGGAUGCCGUUUGUAUGUGAGGUCUGCUAUAGGACAGUCCUCAUAAAGCGCACAAAACAGUGGAAGGAGCAUGUUUUCCAGGACCUCCGCGCUUAUGUAUGCAUCUUUGAGGGUUGCCCUUGGCUAGGGGUGCCAUUCGAGAGCUGCCAAGCUAUGACCGAUCAUUUAGGGACCCAUCACAAGUUUGCACCUCAAUGGACAAGCCAGCAUUGCCCACUAUGCUGUGAGCCAACACCUGAAGGGUGGUCUCAAAUCUCACUUCAUUUUGCGAGACAUAUGGAGGAAAUCGCACUUGGGGCACUCCCGCCCACAGAGGACUCAGACGCAAGUUCUGAUAGUAACUCUACCCCUUCAGCUUGCCCUGAAGAUGCUCAGAGUACGCAAUUCCAAACUAAAAAUGAAGAUGACCCAGACAAUUCCGGUUCUGCGAUGCAAGACCCUGGACCGGAGUUUCCUAGACAUACUAGAUCAUACGCUCAAUCUGAGCUGCUGCUAAUAGAAGACCCUUUUUCAUGUCCCGGAUGUGGCAAACAUUUCCCGUACGGGGGAAAUAAUUUGCGGCGGCACAUUGAUCAUGCCUGUCCCGCAAACCCGAGGAGCUUUGAGUGCCCUUAUGCGGCAUGCAGCAAGGUGUACAAGCGUAAAGAUGCACUUCUAUUCCAUAUAGGAAAGCAUUACGAUAAUGCUCCUGACCUAACUCCCGGAGCGUUGAAAGAACAAGCCGGGCCUGCUAGUGGAUUGGAUUGAAAGGAUGAGAAUUUUAGGGCUAGUCGUCCGCCUGAAUUAUUUAGAUUGACCCGAUUAGUCCUAUUGACAUAAGGGAAAAGAGGGAGGUCGAUAGGCGCACACGUAAAUGUUCAGUGUAUGCUUGGUUUAGGUCACUAGUUUCACGAAGACAAUGACAAGAGUGACAUGCGA